ACAGAUAUAGAGAUAGAUAUAGAUAUACAAUUCUCCACCACACAAAAACCCAAACAAUAAUAAUGGCUACUGCUUGUUCAGCUGCUGCUCUUAUUUCUUCCUCAAACCCUACUUCCAAAAUCUCCUCUUACAUUUCCCCCAAAUCAACUCUCUCUCAAACCCUAAGUUUUUCCAGCUCUUCUUCCAUCACUUUCCGAUCCAAAUCUCUCCGCUCCGCCGUCUCCGUCCGCUCCGCCGCCUCGCGCCGCAACGCCUUUGUUGUCAAAGCUGGACUACCACUAGUUGGAAAUAAAGCACCAGACUUUGAAGCAGAAGCUGUCUUUGAUCAAGAGUUCAUCAAUGUUAAGCUCUCUGAUUAUAUUGGGAAGAAAUAUGUGAUUCUCUUCUUCUACCCUCUGGACUUCACUUUCGUUUGCCCAACUGAGAUCACUGCUUUCAGUGAUCGUCAUGCUGAAUUUGAGAAGCUGAACACUGAAAUACUGGGGGUUUCUGUAGACAGUGUGUUCUCCCAUCUUGCGUGGGUUCAAACAGACAGAAAGUCUGGGGGUCUUGGUGAUCUGAAUUAUCCGCUGGUUUCUGAUGUGACCAAAUCAAUUUCAAAAGCUUUUAACGUGUUGAUCGAAGACCAGGGAAUAGCAUUGAGAGGGCUUUUCAUUAUUGACAAGGAAGGGGUGAUUCAACACUCCACGAUUAACAAUCUUGCAAUCGGUAGAAGUGUGGAUGAAACCAUGAGAACGCUUCAGGCAUUGCAAUUUGUCCAAGAGAACCCUGAUGAAGUAUGCCCAGCUGGAUGGAAGCCUGGGGAGAAGUCAAUGAAGCCAGAUCCAAAACUCAGCAAGGAGUACUUCGCAGCAGUGUAAUUUAUCCAAAACUCUUGUGAACACAGAGUUUCAUUGAAUGUAUGAUAUUGGAUUAUCAGAGCUGUUUUUUUCCCGGACUAAUAAAACUUACUACGAAUGUAUUCUGCUGUUAAAGUUGUGUUUCAGAAUAAACUUUUUGUGAA